UNUUUUUUUUUUAAACGCCGCUUUGCUUACCAUUUUGUUCGAAGGGUGAAGUUCACCCCAUAUGCAUAUCUGCAUGUACAUCGAAAUGUGACAGUUGGGGCAGGAUCAAAAAUUGUAAGGAUGCGUUUCUCCUCAUUCACGCGAUGUGGUUCGCUUCUUUCCCCGCAAAAAAGAGAGGUGCUCCCUCCCAUAACUCUAUUUUGAGAAACAAAUUUAGGGUUAGGUACAGCACUCACUGCGAAAGGUGAGAAGCCCUUCCCUGGUACUGCAUUUGGAUUCUCCUGCGGGUUGUACGUGCAAAAACGCGUAAGCAUAUAUACGUAUGUUUGUAUGUUCUAUGUGUUACCCUGUCGAAGCGACCCGUCUCCUCGGAUGCUCAUAGUGCUGUUCUCGCGACAUGGAGACGGAGAAGGAGUACCUCGAUAUAUCGGACUUGCUCCGCCGGAAUGUGGAAGACCUGAACGAUGAAGACGAAAUAAGAGUGCGCGAUUUUUCGUAUGGGAAGUACGUGUGCUCCCUCGAAAUGGGAGACAACAAAUUGGACGUGGGGAUCAAGCCAGAAAAGAGAAUUACAAUAAAAGAAUGUGAAGAAAAAAAAUAUGUAUCGGAAGAUAUCAGUUUGGAAGAUAUGCUUGUAAUUACAGACAACCUACUCCUCCAACAAGUAAAGCUACUCCUAGGGAAUCAUCCUUUUUUAACUGUCCUAAGUUGCUACUUCAUUCACAACUCAAGUGUUAUUAAUUGUAAUGACGAUUCGUUUUUCUUUGAAAAAAUCUUUUACAAAUGUAUAAAAUUUCUUUCUACGGAUAGUAUAUACAUCAACAUUUUCGAGAAUGACAAUCGGGAGUUUGUACAGCUUAUGCGUAGGGGAGUAGGAGAGCAGGUCGUGGCACAGGGGAAGAGUGCAAGUAGGGCAGGGGAUAAACACCCACACACGGAAAGAUAUUCCACCGAGAGAGCGCCAACCCAGGCGAACAACUCGCAAGACGAACCGGACACGGACCCCUCCAUGUGCAAAGAGGGCUACCUCAGAUAUAACAUGUUCACCUUCUUCCAGCUGUACUUAAUCCUCUACGCAUCAACAGCGGAAAUUAUAGACCACAUCGUGACAAAGAAUAGCUGGCUGCACAGGGAUGACUACAAGAGCGGGUUGCUAAAAAUAACGGACUCGUUAAUUUACCACUGCAGGCGGAGGAGGCGGUAUGUGAUGAAGAACCUCUUUCUCGUGAAGAGAUGCUUCGCCAAGUUUAUGGCGCAGUACGAGUCGGCGCUCGAGGGGGGGCAGAAGAAGCGAGGCACGAAGGAGGGAAGUGCGCAUAAAGAUGGAGGCAAAGAUGGAGGCAAAGGUGAAGGCAAAGAUGGAGGCAAAGGUGAAGGCAAAGGUGAAGUCAAAAAUGAAGUCAAAAAUGAAGUCAAAAAUGAAGGCAAAAAUGAAGUCAAAAAUGAAGGCAAAAAUGAAGGCAAAAAUGAAGUCAAAAAUGAAGGCAAAAAUGAAGGCAAAAAUGAAGGCAUAAAAGAAGGCCAAAGUGGGGGUCACGAGAGAGACAACAGGGAAGACCACUUAGCAAACCCACCUGUUGGCCGCAUCCUUCCCAUCCUUCGCAGAGUCCAGUUUGCCAUUCACCUAAACACGAUGCUAAAUCAGGUCGUUUUCGAAUCCAGGGAGGUGAACACAGACUCGAUUAAAGAAAAUUGUAUGGAGCUCCUAAAAUGCAUACGUACGAUCAGCAAAGAAGUAGGUUCAAAAUGUCAGCAGAAAGACAAACAUAUCCGAAAGAAAUUUUUUAAUAAAUAUUUUUUAAUGUAUAAACUGAACAGUGUAUCUAAGCACGUGACCAAAAUGAGUGUGCAUGAGGGUUACUCCUUCUUCGAAAAGGUCACUAUGGAUGUAGAAUACAUCGCGGAAUAUUUUCAGCGCAUAAACGCCAAGUCAAGCUUCUUAGACGUUAAGAACGUAGUGCAUUAUGUAAAAUUUUAUUCUGCCAGUCUCAACGUUUUGGUGAAAUGCAUUUCGAGGGGGUACAUCCAACAAGUGAUGAAUAAGGCAAGGAAGGAUUUCCUUCCCUUGGAGAGGGACCUACUACUUAAGGAAGAGAUAAAGGCUAAACGUUUUUUUCACAGUUUGCAGGGGGACCCUCCCUAUGGCAAAGCGGAACGUCCUGAAAAGGAGGCAACACGGGAAAAACUGCAAAAAGUGGAAAAAGGGGAAAAGGGGGAAAAGGUGAAACAAAUGCCAAAAGAGGACCCGCUUGAAAAGCGAGAAGACGGCCAGGAAGAGCGCAUAACGACGAACGGGGACCCCCUGGAUGAACUUAUCGGCGAACCGAACCAUCAAUGGGACGAUUACGAUGAACACCCAGAUGUAGGUCAUUACUACUCCCUCUUUCUAAACACGUAUAGAAAGGAAGAGACAGAUGAACUUCCCUCCACAAAACGCAUAAAUGAGGAAUUCUCCCAAAAUGUGAAGCAAAAUAUAUUUAUCAGUUUCUUCCUCCACUUAUUUUUCAACGAAUCGUAUGUAAUACUUGAAGAGGUGUCAAAAGAGAGUCCAAAUUUUUUUGUCAAAUCUAUAAUUUUUAAUGAUCUAUGCUACUUUGGUUUUUCCCCCCCUCUGCUAGUGUUACUGUCAAAUUUUUUUUAUUCUCCUGAUACGUUUUUUUUGGCUAUGGAGCAUCUGUACCAAGUGGACAAAGGGUUGACUUAUACAAAUGAGGAGGAAUAUAAAGCAUUUUGGGGGAUGUUUUUUCCUCCUUGGACUGUUAAAAAACUGGAGCGAGAUUUACGCUUGCACUUCCCUUAUCUGAUAAAUUAUAUGCAGAAGGAGAGUUCCCUUGUGGAGUUGUUCACCGAGUUGGAGGAAUUUAUCGACGACUGUACAGGGGUAGAGAGCGCGCCGUGGCAAGUGGACCAGUGGAGGUCCGAUGAGGAGCGUGGAAGUAACUGCGUUUCGGAAUGUACGGGCGCCCACCAGGGGGAAAACCAACCCAAGGAGGAGCGCGCCGAACAUGGCAAACACGGCGAACAUAGCCAACGCGCCGAACAUAACCAACCCGCCGAACAUGACCAACUCGCCAAACGCGUUAAUGGCACCCGCACCGACGAACGCAUCACCAGCCCAGCGAGUGUAACCAGCAAGCGCAUGAAACUGACAGUCCUGUGCAAGAUAUUUCACCUGUUCAUGGAGUAUCUCGAGAUAGUCAUAAAAAAAAUCCUAAACUUUUCCUUUUUGCUGGCCUCUAGGGAGCACUCCAAACUGAGCGGAUUCCACACGGACAUGUGCGUAUUGUACACCCUCAUGAAAAUUCUGUCUUACUACUUCAAACUGUACAAUAUGCACAGCGAAAUGGACAGCGUGGAAAAUUAUUUUAACUGCAUUUUCCACACGGUGUUAAUUGAUUACAGCUGUUUAAGCCUGUAUACAAAUAUGCCAUCCGACCAGGAAUAUGCCUUUACCUAUUACGUCAUGUCAUUAUGCUAUAAGGAAUUGUCGGGCACAGUGCAAAAAGGAUUAAAAUUAAAUUUUGGUGAAAAUAGGAGCAAAUUAAUUUAUUCCUUAAUUUAUUACAUUCUGUAUCUUUACUCAGAUUUUUUGAUGAUUUAUUUUGCUUAUUUUUCCUACACCAAUGUGGAUUCGGAACCCAUGGAGGAGGACUCCUACAACAUGAAGUACAGAGCUUGGAAUUUUUGUUACCCAGAUAUUUCAAAAAUUGACUUUUACAAUUUCCAGAAAAAUAAAGCUGCCCUCAUUAACGCAGUCCUGACGAAGAAUUUAAAAAUCACCCUUUCCCAAAAUGACGAAAUCAACAUAGGGGUGAAAAAAAAAAUUAAAAAUUUAGCCCAAGUGAAAGAGAGCUACCGCAAUUCGAAGAAACGGAUUGACCAAUGCUCCAACUUGUUAGAUAUUAAAAAUUACUUAAGUCAUACUUUUCGCUUUUUCGAGAAAACCUCCUCCGAGGUGGACAUUUGUUCCUACUUAAAAGGGUGUGUAAGCGAAAUUCAGAAACUUAUAAAAGAUGCCUCAAGCUACAAAUACGACAACGUCAGCUUCGUUCGCAUUUUCCUAAAUUCGUAUGAACAUAAUUUGAUCAAGUCUUACAAGAAAUUUCCUCCCUUUUGUGUUGAAAAUUCUUCCAUCUUUUUGAACCCCGAUUGUGAGGUGGUUAGCGGCCACUCCUAUUUUUUAAGUGUACAGGAAAGAAAGAAAAAAAAAAAAACAUAA